GAGCCCUUUAAAACAAGGCGGGCUGGUGCCUGCCCCUUUAAGGGCGGGGCGUGCAGCCUGAAUCUGAGCCACAGAUUACCCCGAGUUUCCGUCACUGGCUCCUUAGAGGGUCCGGGUGUUUGGCGGCGGCGGCCUCAUCCCCGCUCGUCCUCUCCCCGGGCCCAGAGAUACCCCCCGCCCCAAACUCCAGUCAUGCUGAACAGAGUAUGGAAGCAGCUGACUACGAAGUGCUAUCGGUGCGAGAGCAGCUAUUUCACGAGAAGGUCCGCGAGUGCAUCAUCUCAAUACUUCUAUUUGCGACACUCUACAUCCUUUGCCAUGUCUUCCUGACCCGCUUCAAGAAGCCUGCUGAGUUCACCACAGUGGAUGAUGAAGAUGCCACAGUCAACAAGAUUGCGCUGGAGCUGUGCACCUUUACCCUGGCAGUUGCCCUGGGUGCUGUCCUGCUCCUGCCCUUCUCCAUCAUCAGCAACGAGGUGCUGCUCUCGCUCCCACGGAACUACUACAUCCAGUGGCUCAAUGGCUCCCUCAUUCAUGGCCUCUGGAACCUUGUUUUUCUCUUCUCCAAUAUCUCCCUCAUCUUCCUCAUGCCCUUUGCAUACUUCUUCACAGAGUCUGAGGGCUUUGCUGGCUCCAGAAAGGGUGUCCUGGGCCGGGUCUAUGAGACGGUGGUGAUGUUGAUGCUCCUUACUCUGCUGGUGUUAGGCAUGGUGUGGGUGGCAUCAGCCAUUGUGGACAACAACAAGGCCAGCAGAGAAUCACUCUAUGACUUCUGGGAGUACUACCUCCCAUAUCUCUACUCCUGCAUCUCCUUCCUUGGGGUUCUGCUACUCCUGGUGUGCACUCCACUAGGUCUGGCUCGCAUGUUCUCUGUCACUGGGAAGCUGCUGGUCAAGCCCCGGCUGUUAGAAGACCUGGAAGAGCAGCUGAACUGCUCUGCCUUUGAGGAGGCAGCUUUGACCCGCAGGAUCUGUAAUCCCACCUCUUGCUGGCUGCCUUUAGACAUGGAGCUGCUGCACAGACAGGUCCUGGCUCUUCAGACACAGAGGGUCCUGCUUGAAAAGCGGAGGAAGGCUUCAGCUUGGCAGCGGAAUCUGGGCUACCCCCUGGCCAUGCUGUGCUUGCUGGUGCUGACGGUAGGUAUACUAUCAUUGUUGGGGAUCCAAAGGGGGUCCUUGAGAACUUCAGACCUCCUCAGGAUAGAUUACUUGAUGGUGUCCUCGGUUGUGGGCUUCUACAGCUCUCCUCUCUUCUGGAGUCUUCGGCCCAGAUGGCAUGAUACUACCAUGACACAGAUAAUUGGCAACUGCGUCUGUCUCCUGGUCCUAAGCUCAGCACUUCCUGUCUUCUCUCGAACCCUGGGGCUGACUCGCUUUGACUUGCUGGGUGACUUUGGACGCUUUAACUGGCUAGGCAACUUUUACAUCGUGUUCCUCUACAAUGCUGCCUUUGCUGGCCUCACCACACUCUGCCUGGUGAAGACCUUCACUGCAGCUGUGAGGGCUGAGCUGAUCCGGGCCUUUGGACUGGACAAACUGCCACUGCCUGUCUCCGGUUUCCCCCGGGCAUCUAGGAAGACCCAUCAGUGACCUGCAGCUGGGGGUGGGAGGGAGAGAACUGGACACUGCCAUCUGCUGCCUAGUCCUGGAAGGGAGUGCAAGAUGGUUGGACCUCAGGACCUAGAAUCUGAAAGGUUGGGUGGCAGAGGGGAACUGAGCCAUCUCUGCACUGUUGCAUAAUCUGAGCCAGAGUUUGGGACCAGGCCUGGGUGUUUUCAGACUUAGCUGUGGCCUCAGAUGAGGUAGAGCUAGGUGACUGGAUCUGGCUUCUGGUCUCAAAACCGUUUACACAUCAAUCUGCCUCACUGCUGUUUUGGGCCAAGCCCAUAGCCAUGUUUACAUGAUUUGAUGUGCAAUAGGGUGGGGUGGGAGUGGGAGGGACUGGCCAGGGGCUAGUGCGGGAGACUGGUUGUGGUCUCCUUUGCCUCUGGCCAAGCAGAUCCUAAAGCACUGUGCUAACCUGGAGGACUUUGGACCACUGGAGACGGAGGGCAUAGGGAAGAAGAGGCUGCACCCAUCAGCAAUAAAGUUGAUACCAGGG